GUCGCAUUUCGUUAUGGAAUCUGAUAUUUUUUCAAGAUUUUGUCUGUCCAUUUUAAUAUUGUUACACGGCAGUGAAUGUUUACCACGCAAGUCCAAUAGACCAGUUGACAUCAUGCACAUCUGCAAAGUUAAGAUUCCACCCACUGAUAUAACUUCAAGAAGGCCAUGACUUAACUUGCACUGAGUCAUGAGUGGUCAAAAGAAUAUUGGGCGUAAAAGACUUGGUGGAAUUGUCAUCCAGCGAACACAUAGCCUGGUUCCUCCAGAGAAACGCCCAUGCCAGAUCACCAACAGCAAUGUGCAGACAGAUGUUAAACUUGCCAAGGUGGGGUUAACUCAUCAACCAGACCUGUCUUUUAGUUCCUCCUUCUGUGACCUUGAAAAUGACCCCAACCUGGUAUCAGCCCUGGACAAGAUUGAGCAGAACUAUAAGACUGUCAUGCCAGCAAACCUGCCUCAGGAGGCCACAUUGGUUACAUCAGAAAAUAAACAGGGAAAUAUUGCUGUCUCUAAAGCUUGUACUGGUGGUAAAACAGAAUCAAAACAAGUCCAUGGCAAUCCAAAUACUGGCAAUAUCCAUACAUCUGUGCUUACAAAAUCGGUGCAAAGUAACUCCAAGGUUGUUAAACAGACAGCGGUUUCUGGUCCUACUGGACGGCAAAGCAUUCAAGGUAACAAUGUACACAAAAAAGACGAUAUAGGAAAACAAAUUGAGAAGAAUGUAGUGAAACAAUAUAGUACUAAACUUGAUAUAAAGUCCAACACUAAUUUACAGCAAACAAACCCUACAAAGCAUUUUUUACAAAGUGACAAAACUGCCAGGAUAGUAGCUACCACUCUGGUCACUCAAAAGACUGCAUCCAUGUCUAGAAUUUCUGACCAUCAGCCCUCCUUCCAUGAUCUUUCUUUCGCCAGCCCUGUCGAUAUAUCUACGCCUCAGAUAUUCAGAAAUAAUCAAAGUACUACAAAAGAAAAUAAGGACAGUCCAACUGAUGCAAAAAAGGCAAAAAACAAAAACUUUUCUGACUCUAAGAAGCCUCGAAAUGAGAGAGCAGCAGAGUCCGCCCCACUUUCCACUCCCAGAAGGAGUCAGCGAAACAGCAGCAAGAACAACAGAAAGCAGAUCCUAAAUACUGUAACAUCUCCAGAAACAGCUGUGAGUGCUGACAGAGACACAUCAGGAGAUAAAAGUGACUUCUUUAAGUCUUUGUGCGUUGACAAUGAAAGCAUGGACGAGUCAAAAUUGGAGAGAAAGAAAGCUGAAAAGUCACCAAAAUCAGAAAAUCUCCGACAUGGCUCAGACAUAGGCCAACAAGAGCACCAAACAUUGGAAAGUUCCAGUCUUGCAGACGAUGAGAGAAGUCUAUUUCCUAGAAAAAGGCUGGGUUUGAACCAAGCUGCCACCUCCACCAUCAUGCCUGAUGUAGACCAGGACAGCCUGGCCCUGUCAUCCUGGGGCCUCCCGGCGGUGGUGUUGAACCAGUACGCAGCCCGAGGCAUCACACACAUGUUCCAAUGGCAGGCUGAGUGUCUCAUGCUUGGAAACGUUCUCAGUGAGUAUAACCUUGUGUACUCGGCCCCUACCAGUGCUGGCAAGACGAUGGUGGCAGAGUUGCUGGUGCUCAAGAGAGUCCUGGAGACACGGAGGAAGGCUGUUGUUGUGAAUGUAACGUAACCUGUCAUCAUCUUGCCCUUUGUGUCGGUCACACGAGAGAAAAUGUUCUACCUACAGGAGCUGUUCCAAGAUGCAGGUGUGAGAGUGGGUGGGUUCAUGGGCCACUACUCACCACCCGGGGGCUUCAGUGGGACAGACAUUGCAGUCUGCACCAUUGAGAAAGGCAACAGCCUCAUCAACAGGCUUCUAGAGGACAACAAACUGGACACCCUUGGUAUCAUAGUCGUUGAUGAGCUCCAUCUGAUUGGCGACCGUAGCCGUGGAUACCUGCUGGAGCUUCUCCUCACCAAGGUCACCUACAUGUGUAGUCGACGGCAACAGGGACCAGACGGUACAGUUACACCCCCUUCCAUCCAGAUAGUGGGCAUGAGUGCCACUCUUCCAAACCUUGACCUCCUGGAACGCUGGCUGCAUGCCGACCUCUACCGCACGGACUUCCGCCCAGUUCCCCUCGCAGAGUGCGUCAAGAUAGGGAACCAGGUGUUUGACUCAGAGAUGAAACCGCUGCGUGAAUUUGACGUGAAGUACGCUGUCAAGGGAGAUGAGGACCAUGUUGUUCCACUGUGCAUAGAGACAAUGAGGGGAGGUCACUCCAUCCUGAUAUUCUGUCCCACCAAGAACUGGUGUGAGAGCCUUGCUGAGCAGGUUGCCAGGGAACUCUACAGGUUGCUAAGGGACCCGUCACUAGCGGUGCACAAACAACCAGAGGGAGGGGCCAGUGAUGUGCUGGUGCUGCCUCUAGACCCCAGGACCCUGCUGGACACCCUCGAGCAGCUGAGGAGGACCCCUGUAGGACUUGACUCUGUCCUGGCCCGCACUGUACAGUACGGUGUAGCCUACCACCAUGCAGGUCUUACAUUUGAUGAGCGAGACAUCAUAGAGGGGGCAUUCCGUCAGGGCAUACUGAAGGUGCUGGUUGCUACAUCCACCCUGUCGUCAGGGGUCAACCUGCCUGCACGCAGGGUCCUCAUACGCACCCCAGUGUUCCACGGUGGUCAAAUGAUCGACUUCCUCACAUACAAGCAGAUGAUUGGGCGCGCUGGCAGAAAAGGGGUCGACACCGCAGGGGAGAGCAUCCUGCUAUGUAAGGCUGCAGACAGACCCAAGGCCGAGGCCCUGGUGAGGGGGGCCCUACCGCCUGUACACAGCACGCUGGUCAGGAGUGAAGGAGAGUCCCUGAGUUCCAGCAUGAAGCGAGCCAUCCUGGAGGUGGUGGUGAGUGGGGUAGCAGGCUGCCCCUGGGACGUGGAGACCUACGCCUCCUGUACGCUGCUGGCCUCCUCCAUGGCGGGGGAGGGGACUAGACUGUGCGGGGAAGGGUCUGGCCAGGGCGGGACUGGAAACAUGAUUUAGGAGAGCAUACAGUUCCUACUUGACAACGAGUUUGUCUGCAUGCAGAAGAUAGCUGAUAAGAAUGGGGAGGUAACCCAGCGGUUUGUGCCGACCCAGCUGGGAUGUGCAUUUCUCUCCUCCUCCAUAUCGCCUGACGAGGGCCUAGUGGUGUUCUCAGAGCUUCAGCGCGCCAGGCAGUGCUUCGUGCUCGAGAAUGAACUACAUAUCAUAUACCAGGUGACCCCAAUCUAUGCCCAGAUAGACACCAUAGACUGGCUGCAGUACUUCAGCAUCUGGGAGGGCCUCUCAACAGGCAUGAAACGGGUCGCUGAGCUGGUCGGGGUCACAGAAGCCUUCCUGGCCAAGGCCAUUAGGGGCCACAUCCCUAACAAGACGUACGAGCAGUUGAAGACGCUGGCGAUACACAAGCGGUUCUACACGUGCCUGGUUCUCCAUGACCUGGUACAGGAGAUGCCCCUGGGCGCUGUGUGCAGCAAGUAUGGCUGUAACAAGGGCCAGCUACAGAGUCUGCAGCAGUCUGCUGCUACGUUUGCAGGCAUGGUGACGGUGUUCUGUGCACGGCUGGGCUGGUCCAAUCUGGAACUCAUCCUGUCCCAGUUCCAGAGCCGUCUAACGUUUGGCGUGCAGCGUGAACUCUGUGACCUUGUUCGCAUGUCGUCCCUCAACGGUCAGCGGGCUCGUGUUCUCUACAAUGGAGGGUACCAGACUGUGGCCGGGCUGGCCGGGGCACUGCCAGAAGAUGUAGAGGCCAUACUGGGAAACUCUGCGCCAUUUGAAAGCAAGAAGAAGCAGGCUACAGAGACAGACUGGGAGGCAGAGCAGAGACGCAAGGCACACUGCAUCUUCCUUACUGGACGGAAAGGCGUGACAUGUCACGAGGCUGCAGUGAUCAUAAUCAACGAGGCCAAACAGAUGAUACAAGAGGAGCUGGGAGGGGUGGGUGUGACCUGGGGUCAGCAACUUGGCAAGUCCCCUACAGUUAAGACACCUGUACUGAUGAGCCCUCUAGCAGGUAACAGUAAGCGGUCAGGACACAAAGGUAAAGCUUCAUCAUCUGAGAAGACAAAACUUUCUGAAAGCUGCAACAACGCCAACAGUUUUAUGACCAACGUUAUUUCUGCACCAGUUUUAAGAGUAAGCUCAGACACGAAUGUCUGUUCUAGUGUCCUUUCUGCAGAAACUGCUCGUACGAGUGGUAAAACUAAUCAAGAUGAAAACACCGCAAGAAAGGCACCCAGUCAAAAUGAUUGUAAUGAAAGUUCAAAAACUGUCCUUAAUGGUACAGAAGGAUCUGUAACUAAUCUAAAAGAUCAGGUAAAAAGCAAUUCAAACAAGCAAAAUGUUGAAAUUACUUCAAAUACAAAGACUAUAUCUGUUGAUGAUCAUGUAACGAUUGCAAAUAAUUCCAACUCAAAAACAAUAAAUAUCUCUUGUCGUAUGAAUGUUAAUAAUGUCAAUGAUGCAAAUGGAUGUCUCGAAAGCAACCUGCUAAGGUCACAAUUAGGUGAUGCAAAGAAGAAUGAUUGUGUUGUUGUUGAGCAGUGCAAGGGUGACAUUGUGUCAGAGAAUAUUGAAACUGAUACAAACACUGACAAAGAUUUCAGCUUCAGUACUGCUCUUGAUACCUUGACAAAUAAUCACAAUGGAAGGCAGAUAAACAGUGAUGAAAACUGCCAUCUAGUCAGUGAAAAUGCACAAAAAGAUAUUGAAUGUGUGAACAGUAAAGACCUGAUUUCUGAUGAUAAUGAUAAAAUACAAUUAGAUGGAGUGUUGAAAAUACCAGCCCCAAAUCAAUCAGUUAAAUCAGUUGUUCCACACAAUAAUACAAAUAAAUCAGGGAACAUUAAUCCCAAUCUUUCAAAUGAUGAUGUUGACCAUGACUUUGCUGAUAGUUUCACGAUUACUACCCAAAUGUUAAAUUCGUGUGAAAAUGUGCAUAUCCAGACCUCUAAUAAAUCUGGGUCUUUAGUAAGCAAAACUGAAAAUGACAAACGAGUGGCGACGGGCCAACAAUCAGAGGCACUGUUCUCUGAAGUAAUCCCUGAUGACAGUUUUAAUGCUGUAGAAAUUGACAAUAUUGACAACAAAAACAAAAUGGUAUUGGAUCAGUCGAGUAAUACAAAUAAUCUGGAAAAUGUCAAUAGUUUACUUGAAGUUUCCAAUAAUGACCUGGAAAUGAAUAUAUCCCACAAUUCUACAGAAGACAUGUUCAAUGACUCAGCAGGUUUGAUUGCUGCCAGCAAUUAUGAGCGGGUGGGGCUUGAUAACAAUCAGUCGAGCUUGGAUGAUGAGGAAAUGAUGACAUCCUUCGAUGAUCUUCAUAUACCUUAUCAAAGUGGGCAAGAGAGAUGUUUUGAACAAGGUGACAAAGAAACUGUUGGCGAGAAACAUAAAACAGUUAUUUGUGCACCUUUACAAGAGGCUAAAAGUGAUAAAUCAACAUCAAAACCUUCUGACAAGAGAAGUAACUUUUUGGGUCACACUGCUGGCGGUGCGCUAGGUCAGUUCUCUAGUCAGAAGCCAGUAGGGCCUUUACAAGGGCAGGAAGUGUUGCAUGAAGACCUGGCUAUGGCGCUGGCCAUGGGGGAGUCAUUCUCCUCAACAUUUGAUGUCACCACCCAUGACACACAGACUGGGGUAAAUGUUGAAGCAGCUGUACAAGAACAACACGAUCAGCUGGGUGACUCCUUUACAGUGUCCAUGAUGGAUUACGUUGUGACCAAUAAUGAGGAAAUCCCAUCCAAGAAUGUAGGCAAGGCUGCUGAUACAAAGUUAGCUCGUACUUCAGUAGGUAGGUCCCAGGUUGACAGUGAAAAAUUUGUGACUCCAUCUAACCGACCCAGAAAGCGUAGGAGUGUAAGCUCUAUUAAGAGUUCAAGACUUCCUAAACAACAGAAAUUAGAUGACAGUGAUCUAGAAACUUCACCCAGCACUGUUUCUGUAAGAAACCUUCCCAAAAGACUCCAUACACUUAAGAAAGUCACUCAGGUGAUCUCAAGCAAACCUGACUCAAAAUCAAGAAGAGCUCUGAAUUCUACUAAACCUGUCACUUUAAAUAAAGAAGAACAAAAUCAGCCAUUGACAGCUCUCAGUUCCCCUAAAAGAGACACUAAUGGUUCUCUGAACACCAGCACAGAGGGUGACUAUGUUCCCCCCACACCCCCAGAUGACACACCACCUACUGCCAUGGAGACUAGAGGCACACCUACCAAGUCUGAAGUACCAAGGCCCUUCCCUGCCAGUCCUUUUAGUCCCAGAUUGCGGCGAAACGCACCUCGGUCAGCAAAGGCUGCAGCAAAUAUUCAUCAGAGUGAUAACCUGAAACAUAUUGAGAAGAAUGGGAAGACUGAAGGUGUCGUAUCAAACCCUUUAUUGGAAAAGGGAAAGAACAAAAAAUUUCCAAAAAAUGUUAAUAGUGUUAAUGUCACAUCUGCACCCAAAGUAGCCACAUUACCUUCUGAUGAUCAGAAGCAUUCACAGUGUUUAGCUAUUCCUUACAAAAAUCCAUAUGAAGGACAAAUGACUUCAAAAAGUGAGGAUGAAAAUAACAUAGAAGAUGGUCAGGAUGAUUGUAAUAUUGACGAUGAUGAAAAGAUGUCUCCGUCUUUCAUUGACCCCAACAUGUCAGGUCUGCCUCUUACCCAGCAGUCGUUCACGAUAAUCGACGUGUGCGGGGACAAGAGGCUGUUCAAGACAUUCAUCAUGGAAUGGAGGACCAAGCACAGCUAUGCCGUGUCCUUGGCCUGUGAGACUCUGAAGAGGGAUAACAAAGGACCAAGCAUUGGGGCUAACUUCAGGAAAGGUAAAUCUCAGAUACACAUUUCGAUGCAUUUCUUGAUCACAUCAAAAGCCUUUGGCUUAUGGAAAUGCUCUAGUGUCCAUUCCCUGGGUAGAACCAACAAGUCCCCCAGCAAGGUGGAGGGAGGGGAUGCGUGUGGUAUCCCCCUGGAGGAGGAGGGUCUGUGUAUAGUGGGCGUGGCAGUGUCCUGGGACAACAGGGACGCUUACUACAUCUCCCUGUCACACCAACAGCUGCAGCAGGGUGACCCUGAUGACAGUUUGGCCCCUCCCCACAUCAGUAUGGCCAUACGGGUGAAAGCUAUCAAGUCUGUCCUUCAACAGGCAGUAUGCCAGUCACAGCCCGUCACCAUCAUGAUGUUUGACGUUAAAACUCAGUACAGGGCCCUGGUAGAGGGGUGUGGUUUCAGUCCCAGGGGUCAGUUUGCGGACCCCAAGGUGGCAUGCUGGCUGCUGGACCCCGGGGGGCGGGAGAAGAACCUGCACCGCAUGGUCACCAACUUCCUGCCCACAGAGGUGCAUAUGAUACAUGGUAUAGGUGGAGGUAUAGGCCUAGGCAGCCUGGGUAUGAGCCCACAGAACCCAGGCUCGGGGCGUUACCGGGCUACCACGGAGGCAGUGCUAGUGCGACACCUGGUGCAGUACUUCAACGCCUGCCUGGACAGGGAGGGGCUGUUGUCUGCGUUUAGGGACGUUGAGAUGCCUGCAGCAGUAACACUGUGUAGGAUGGAACUGAACGGCUUUGGGUUCAGUGAGAAAAAGAGUGAGAGACAGAAGUGUGUGAUGCUGUCUAAGUUGUCUGCCCUUGAGGAGCAGGCGUACACCAUCGCUGGUCACCCCUUCUCCCUCUCCGCUCCAGAUGAUGUCAGUCAGGUGCUUUUCAUAGAGUUACGCCUGCCCCCUAAUGGUGACCCCGGCUCUGUCCAGAAACCCCUGGGUCCCCCUGGCAGGAGGGGCGGGGGUGGGGCCUGCAGGACCCAGUACAGCACGUCGAAGGAGGUCCUGGAGAGGCUGCGCAAGCUACACCCCCUGCCUGGUGUGAUCUUGGAGUGGAGGAGGAUCACCAACGCACUCACUAAAACUGUGUUUCCUUUGCAGAGGGUCAAGGUGCCAUGUGAUUGGCUGCACAUGGAUCGUAUCUAUGGUGACUGUCAGCUGCACUCAGCCACGGGCAGGGUGAGCUUGAGUAAGCCCAACCUACAGAAUGUGCCCAAGGACUUCGACAUCCAGCUGCCAGAUUUGAUAGGAGAGAGUCCCCCGCCCUGUGUUUCUGCCGGGCCCAGGGAGCGACAGUCCAGAUUGAGGUCACUUAGGGAUCAAGGUCAGAGGUCAGCAGUUACCAAGGACAACAGUGGAGGCACAUUCUCUGUUAGCAUGAGACAAGCUUUUGUACCAUUCAAAGGUUAG